UUUCAAGGACGCCAGACAGGAAUUUUCCAUGCUCCGGCGCGUUCGACUCGCCACGAACAUUUGUGUCUUUUAAAAACGAUAUCAUUCUCUUGGAUCCAUCUUCCAGGCCAAUGGAAUCUGACCAAUGAUUUCCUGUCAACUGCGAAAAUUCAAAUCGUCUUUUGGAUGAACUAAUGGAUAUGGAAAUUUGCGAUCAGAGCUCUUAAAUUAUCAAUAGGGACGAAAGACGUAGAAAUUACGCGAACAUUUCAACGUGAAAAAUGAUUUUAGCGGAUGGGACACUAGCCAUUUACAUUGCCGCUGGCUUAGCUGGAUUUCUCGUACUACUGUGGUGUUGUGCUUUAUGCGUUUGCAAGGGCCCUUGUCGGUCACUCAACGAACCAGUGAAAUCACCUUUCGAAAUGCAUAUGGACCCUGCGUCCAGAGACACCGCAUUACGAAACAAGUAUGAAGCGUAUCAUUAUCAUCUGAUGGUAAGUCAUGGAACAUUUUAACUGUCUCGGUGUUUAUUUCUCUCAAAACAUUUCAUAGAAAUAUUUUUUUUUUCGAAACGAGAAGACAUUUGCGUUCGUACUCCAGAGACCAGCGCGAGAAGCCAAUUCAUGCUGUUUAUUUUAUCUGAUAACAUUUUAACUUAUUCUCUCAGCGUGAUGUUAUGAUAGACAAUAUUCUUAGACACGAUGAAUGCAAAUUUGUGUUGAACACGGCAUGUCAUAUAGUCAUUUCUUUCCGGAGAAAAAGUCGAUAAAGAAAACGCUUUUACAUAUGAACUAGCAACAUAAAAUCAAAACCUUGCAUGCAAAUAAUUCUAAAAAGUCUCAGCGACGACAAGAAGAGCUUUGAACUUUCAUGAAAAUAGACAGCGCCGGGGGCUCAUUUUUCAGCUUCGAUUGCAAUAUAAGCGUAACGUCGCGCUUAAAACUUGCUUCAUGUAUUCAGAAAUCAUUAAGAUGUAAAUUAGAUAUUUAGCGGGCAGGGAAGGUUCGAGUUCCGGAAGCAAAGUCACUGAAAGAGACGGAAAGGUAAUUUGUAUUUAGUCAAGAAUAAUUUGCUUCAUCAACCUGGCGAAAAUGUAUGAUUUAGGAAAAAUGUAGUCACAGAUAUGGACAUCCAAUAGCUGGUUACUCUCGCCAAAACAUACAACGAAUCAUUUGCAGGAAUCAGUAGAUUGUUGCUUUUUUCCGUGACAUACAAAUAUAAAAUACCUAAAAACAUCUGUCUGGAAGGCUCAAGGGGUUGAAUAACCUUGCAUCAGCCUUGAUACCUUUUGAAUCAGUCAACAAUUCCUUAUUCUCUCACUAAUUAGCCUUCAUACAGGCAUCCCUUAAACCAACUGAUAGGAAAUAGUGACGUUGGCUGAGCGUUUUUUUCAUUUUUUGCCCUAGUUCUUUCGCGUUCAACAAUCAAUCUACACGAAAAAACUUUAAGAAGGAAGAGUAGGAGAGCAUGUAGUGAAUGGGGGCGGUUUCCAUUUAAUUUUUUCAAAUAUUUUAAUUCCACAUUUCACGUUCAAUCAUUGAGGGGCCUUAUGAUAAGUUAUAAGUACAUUGCUGACGAGGAAGCAAAAAGAAAUAUAUACAGGAUUUUUCAAACGUUUUUAACUUGUUUGAUUCCGCAUCAGAAUACACUGACUAUCAUUGUAGUUUGAUGUGCAGGCAUUCUGCGCCAUGGAGUACAGUCGAAAACGAAUAUACAAUUUUUUCAAAUUCUCAGCCUUAAGAGUGAUUUUAGUAUUAACAUGAGCGAAUUAUAUUAAUUUUUCUUUAGACACCAAAAACCCCAACUCAACAGCACCAAGUUAAGUUGCCUAUACAAUUGGUUCCCACACCAAUUUCACAGGGAAGUGGAUCACCGAUUGCAUUUGACUUCGGAGCUGUCUUGAAGAUGCAGGCUGCGGACAAGGCGAACGCUAAAACAAGGGAUAGUCAAGUCAGGGAUCCGCUGAUAGAUAAAGAACAAGGAGAUUCGUCGUCUGAUUCAAACAACGAGAACGUCGAACUCAAGAAAUUGAACACCAUUACGGUGGAUGUACAAAGCACAGACGACAAAAAAUCGGACAAGCCUCUAUUACAGGAGGAAAACAACCUUUGAGAUUUUAUUAACUAACCGUGAAGAAAUCAUGAACAGUUUCUUCGGUGCUUGUGGUUGAGAAAGUUGUCAUCAUAGACGAAAAGAAAAGUUUGCUGGAAAAGUGUGAUCCAUUGGAGAAACAAUUCAAUUGAGAAUGCUAACUAUUGAUAUUGUUUUACUUAUUCUUCGUUGACGUUAUCUCGUCCGUGACAAGUAUCAAUGUUUUAGCGGCUUCGUGCUUGUCAUACAGAGAACCCCCAGUUUGAGCGGACAGAUCUAUUCUGAUUCGGUCUAAGAAAUUACUCAAGAAAUGCUCCUUUAAAUAUUCAUGUUUCUACUCAUUUAAAUGUGAGGUAUAUAUAAGUGUCUGAUGUGUGAUCAUAAUAAUGAUAAAAAGAAAAUUGUCGCCACAAAUUUUACGAGCAUGGUGCGAUAUACUGCUUUUAAAUGCGAUCCUUGUCAUUUUGUCUCUCUUAUUUUUCGAUCUUGAUCACUGUACAGUGAAAAUCGUCUGGAACCCUUGAAAGAUUGGAUUCGCUAAUUUUUUACCGCCAAAUUGAUUUUUUUUUAAGUUAAUGCGCUAAUUAUCAUAGUUUACAUUUUGCACCCUCUAAACAUGGACUGGUAAAUGAUGGAAGACUUACUCUUAUUUAAGUAAAAAUAACAAAACACUUAAAACUCUUUCGCGAAUUUUAUCACUGGGAAAGAGUCGAAUACUUUAUCAAGAUUAGACUCUUUAGACAUGCAAUAUUGCACACAGUUAUGACUGUCCUCCAAAUAUCAUAAUCUCCAAGAUGUGCGUCAAAAAACACGGAAGUAUUCUGCUCCCAAGGGCAGCAUUCAAGAUUCUUAAAUGAUGAUAACUGCUUGUCUUAAAAAUGUAACUGAAACGCAAUCUCUAAUCAAACUGACUGUAGUACCAUGCAAAUAAAUCACCAAGAAAGUAUUUGUAGAGGGAUAGAUUUCAUUGAGUGCAUGAGUAAAAUAAAGCCGAACUGCUCCUUAGAAACGGAAAUCCAUAAGAUGUUUUCGACUAUGAGUCUCAAACACUAAAAGAGAAUUUCUGAAUGUUCAACACAAUUUUAUUACAUUUGUGGAAGCUUAUGAUUGAUGGUGUCCAGCAAAGCGAGUAGCCUCGCAUAAUAAAAGUAAGCACCCAUACACAUGCAUCUGGA